GAAAGUCUUCCGCACACCUUGACACAACUGGCUGGGGAUAAACGAGACAAACGGGCGUUGAUAAGGCCCGUCGAUAUAUGUCAGUUUCAUAAAAUUCAAGAUAUUUUUCAGUUAAAACAAAACUGCAUUGUAUUAUUCAUUAAAAGAAAAAUACUUAAAGAGAAGGGAAGCUGAAACGGAAAUCCCUUAAAGAAAAAAGACGAAUAAGUUUUGACAGUUUGCCGAUUUAGAGUAUAAAUGACAACAAAAAUGACGACGAAUGUAGAGGAUCUACAAAAAUUGGAAGAAGAAGCGAUAGCUAGGGGUACAAAGUACGUCGCAAAUCUUUUGCAGCGGCCAGGUCAACUGGAGAAAAUCGACAUGUAUAAGCGUAGAAUCAGUAGGAAAAAGGCAUCCGUCGAGACUAUGCUAAAGACCGCGAUGCAAAGUCAAUUGGACGGUGUCAGAGUCGGCUUUGAGCAGCUACAAAGUUCUCUGGAAAGUAUCGCCGUCGUCAAAGACGAUCUGGAUCAUGUUAAUCAGCUGUUCAGCUCUGUGCUCAAGCUCAGUUCCAGGCUACAGGCGGUACAGGAAGAGAACAUGCGUCAUUCUCAAUACGUCAUUGCGAAGGAAAACUUGAAGCACAUAUUCACCGUUCCCGAGAGCGUCGAGAAGACGAAGCAAUGGAUAAACGAGGGUAAGUUGCUGCACGCGCAUCAAAGCCUGAUGGAUCUGGAAACUUCCAGAGACGAAUUGUUGUACGAGCUUCAUAAAUUGCCGAAUCAGUCGCCAGCGGAUACAAUUAUGCUAAAAGCUUAUUUCGAAGAUGUUGAAAUGCUUUCCCAACUUAUGGAAAAACAGAUCAGGCUGGUAUUGAGUCGUACCUUAAAUACAGUUAGAAAAGAGCCUACUGUCAUAGUAACACCUUUGAGAAUUAUAGAAAGGGAAGAAAAAGCGGAUCAAUUUGCUAUUCAAAGACACAAGCAGAGUGGUUUUAUGGCACCAGGUAGACCCAAGCGAUGGAAGGACAUGGCGAUGAAGGUAUUGGAGAAAUCGGUGGCAAAUAGAAUCGAAGGAACUCAGGUGGACGAGAGGGCGGAUAACAAAAUGUGGCUGGUAAGAUAUUUGGAACUUACGAGACUUUUGAUCCUCGAGGACUUGAGAGUAGUAAAGACUCUAUGUAAACCUUGUUUCCCGCCUUGGUACGACAUAGUGAGUACUUUCGUUAAAAUGUAUCAUACCAGUCUAUCCCAACAUUUAAAGGAUAUAAUUACCGGUGGAUUGGAAGGUAACGAAUAUGUUUCUCUGUUAGCGUGGAUUAUGAAUACUUAUACGGGGCCAGAAUUGAUGCGACAUCCCGAAUUAAAUAUCGACACGUCCGAUAUCGGUCCGCUACUUAGUUCCGAGAUGCUAAACGAUCUUCAAGACAAGUAUUUGCGAAACAUGUGUCAAAAUUAUGAGGAUUGGAUGAGAAAAACAUUGGAAACGGAGAAACUCGAUUGGAGAAGCGGUAUCUUACCCGACAGCAGUACUCAAGAACUAUAUUAUCACACCGCGGCACCGGUUAUUAUAUUUCAAAUGAUCGAUCAAAAUCUUCAAGUUGCCAAGACCAUCAGUUCUGAUUUAACGGCGCAAGCAUUGGUCCUAUGCAUAGAACAAGUAACUAAAUAUGGGUACAUGUAUAGACAGGCGAUAUUAGAAUUUAAAACAAAACAUUUUGAGGACAGGAGUCAGGUUCCUUACUUCACUCAUCAUAUGAUUACCGUGGUCAAUAAUUGUAUGCAGUUUAACGAAUUAGCGCAGCAGAUGAAGCAACUUUACUGGGUGCCCAAUACUACCGGGGAUGCCACUGUAAAAUUUGAAAAUCUCUUGGCGAAUUAUCAACAAUUGAGGAACGAGGCUGCAGCCAUAUUGUUGCAAGAAUCCUUUCUGGACCUGGAACUGCAUUUUCAAGAUUUGAUUACACCCAAAUGGUUAUCGUCGCCCAUCCCGGUCGAGACUAUCUGCGUUACCUUGGAGGAUUAUUUUCAGGAUUAUAAUCACUUGAGUCCCAAAAACUUUGAGUACGUUAUUACCGAAGCGCAGAAUCUAAUCGCGAAGCGUUACAUAUCUGCGAUGUUACAGAGAAAGAUAUCAUUGAAAACGUACGACGAAUGCUUGACCUGCACGUCAAAGAUAAUGACGGAGGCGGACAAGUUGAAGAACUUUUUCGACAGAAUCGCGCCGAAAAUCGGUAAUUUCAAUUCGCCGUUCGAGAUAAUAAAACGUCUCGCCGAGGUACUGAGGUGCGAGGAUGCGGAGAUUCUCUCGCUCGAUUUACACUCUUUGAUCGAAAAGUAUCCGGACAUGACCGAGGACCAUCUCAUCAGAUUGCUCGGUCUUCGGGGUGACAUAUCGCGAGCGGAAGCGCGAGGGAAGGUCUCUUACAUCAUGGAAGCUCAACGAAAUCGAAAGCCCGUGCAAUCCAUCACAAGCAGUAUAUUCAAGCAGAUAGUAAUACAGGAUAGUUUUCUUGGUUGGAAGCCUUGAAAUUGGAAAAAGAACUUUUAUGAAGUAAAAAAAUGAGACAAUUUUUCCAUGUAUAAUAUUAAUGUAUGUGUGUAUAUAUAUCAUUCUUCCAAAUUGAAUUUUUUUAAAGUGAAACAUUAAUAGAGACAUAAAAAAGAUGUAAUAAAAUAUAUUUGUAAUGUU